AUGGACUGCGUGUACGACAGCGCCAGCCAAGAGUUUAUGCUCUCGACCCUGGAUAACGGAUGGGCCUUGCGGCCCAAGUACGACACGAGCCUCUGCCUGGACGUCCAAUGGUCUGGCGCAGCCGACGGCACUCCGAUUCAAGUUUGGGAAUGCAACAGAACUCCUGCGCAGAAGUUCCUGAUACCGGCCUUCCGGCCAGUCUUUCAGAAGGUGUUACAUUAUGAGCCAUGGCCAAUCAGUGGGAAUGUGUGCAUCGAUUCGCAAAGCGGGAGUCUGCUUCACGGGGCUGGCUGCAGCAGCAGCUCCCCAAGCCAACAAUUUAUAUUUGCACGAGAGGGAAUUGAUGGCACCUACCGCAUUCUUAGUGGCCAGGACUGGAGUCAAUGCUGGACAAUUCCCGUGGUCCCCUCCUUGCCGGACUGGGACCCCGAGCCGUUGGCAUACCCGGUCACUUUAACGCCUUGUAGCUUCGACAUUUUCAGUCAGGGGUUCAUCAUUCACGAGGAAGUUCCUCGUUUUGGAGCCUGGAUUCUGGAGGCGAGAGGGGCCCGCGGCAAAUGCGCGGAUGUUGUCCAGGGAACAGUCGUCAUCACUCCUUGCGACUACAGCGUAACGCAGCAUUUCAAUUUGCCAGGCUUUUCACUGUCCUAA